AUGGAUAAAUCAAAAGUACUUGAGAAAUAGAGGUCAGAUUCGAAGAUGAAAUCUGACUCUAAGAGUGAUAUAGUAAAUUUAUCAACUUCAACCACAGCUCAUACAUUGAACAGAGUUAAAUCCCAAUAAAAUCAUGAUUCUGUUCCUAACUCAAAGAACGAACAAAAGAAGAGGUCAGUGCAAAAUCAUGUGAAAAUUGAUGAAGAUAAGAUUGGUAAAAUAAAAAAUAAAGAAGAUGAAGUUAACAGUAAGGAAAAUAAACUAAGAAAAAGAGACUAAAAAAAUAAAAAUAAGAAAGACAAAUUGAAGAAGAGAGUUUCGAAAUUCUUUGAUGAUGAGGCUCAAGAAGAAGAUGAUGAAGAGGUACCAGCUAGAUAGGCUAAACGUAAAUUUAAAAGAUAAAUAUAUUACAUUUUAGAAAGUGAUUUCUACACCAAUGAGUAGCUCAAGGUAAAAACUCAAAGAAUCAAUGAGAAAUUUCUAGAUAAUCUAUUGGAUAAGUAUAAAGACAAAGAUGGAGAGGGUGAUGAUGAGAUGGAAUACGACGAUGAAGAAUGUGGAGAUGAGUAUGAUGAAGAAAUUCUGCCUAAUGAUAUGACUCAUGAAAGAACUAGUCUUGAUAACACCUUGAUAAAAUAAAAGAAGUUAACUACUCAACAGAGAAUAGAUAGUAUAAAAGAAAACAUCCAAAAAAAAGUUUAAAUUCUUGAUAAAAUCUAAAAUGACUUUGAUGCUUAAGAAGCUAAGUGA